GUUCUCCGUGGGAAGCGAACAAAAUAGUGACGCCUGUGGCCUAAUCCACCAAUGGAUCCUCCAGGAGAGAAGGAAGACAAUUCAAAUGAUGGAAGAGAUCCAGAAGAUAUCUCUAAUGAUGGAAGCCAGCCAGCGAAAAGGAGAUGCACAGCAUCCGAGGAGAGCUCCCCAAUCUGUGAGAACUCCAACCAGGACUUUGGGUCCAGCUACUUUCCCGCAGAAAAUCUAAUCGAGUACAAAUGGCCACCAGAGGAAACGGGGGAAUACUAUAUGCUGCAAGAGCAAGUCAGUGAAUACUUGGGUGUCACGUCUUUUAAGCGUAAAUAUCCAGAUUUAGAGCGAAGAGAUUUGUCCCACAAGGAGAAACUUUAUUUAAGGGAACUUAACGUGAUUACAGAAACACAGUGUACAUUAGGUCUGACUGCUUUAAGAAGCGAUGAAGUUAUUGACCUCAUGAUAAAGGAAUAUCCGACAAAGCAUGCAGAGUACUCUGUCAUACUGCAAGAAAAAGAACGACAGCGCAUUACAGACCAUUACAAGGAGUACUCAAUAACUACUGGAGGGAUUCAGAAUGAAGUAUGUGAUCAGGAUGAAACGGGGAAACAAAUGCAGCAACAAAAUACGCAGAAGGUGGAACCCAGCAAAGUCCCCGAGUACAUUAAGAAGGCCGCCAAAAAAGCUGCCGAGUUCAACAGCAAUUUAAACCGUGAGAGAAUGGAAGAAAGGAGGGCCUACUUUGAUUUACAAACACAUGUAAUUCAGGUACCUAAGGGAAAAUACAAAAUUCUGCCCACUGAAGUAACGAAAGUGAGUCCAUAUCCCGUUUCUCUCAUCCCUGGACAGUUUCAAGAAUACUACAAAAGGUAUUCCCCAAAUGAGCUCCGCUACCUGCCACUCAACACAGCCUUAUAUGAACCGCCCCUCGAUCCCUUGGACCCCGAACAUAUUGCCCUCGACAGUGAUGGAGAUUCAGAUGAGGUUGAAGAGGGGCGCAACGAAAAGAAAAAGAACAAAGCCUCCUCAGGCAGCUCAUCUGGAAACGUGUCUGAAGGUGAAACCACACAGGACACCCAAGAGGACUCCGUUCAGGGAAAACCGAAAGCGAAAGAGAAACCUACCCCGAAGAAAGAGGGCACCAAACGUGUACAGUCCAAAUCGCUCUCCGGGUACAAGCCAAAGUCCAAUCCAAAUGCUAUUUGUGGGAUUUGUCUGAAGGGUAAGGACGUGACCAAGAAAACAAGGGCUGAGAAACUAAUACACUGCUCCCAAUGUGAUAACAGUGGCCACCCAUCAUGCUUAGAUAUGUCUCCAGAACUGGUCGCUGUAAUAAAGAAAUAUCCUUGGCAAUGUAUGGAAUGUAAAACAUGUAUAAUCUGUGGACAGCCUCACCAUGAGGAGGAGAUGAUGUUUUGUGACCACUGUGACCGGGGAUACCACACAUUCUGUGUUGGACUUGGUGCUCUCCCAUCAGGUCCCUGGAUUUGUGACUGUUGUCAAAAUGUUCCAGCCACACCAAAAAAAGGAGUCAAAAGAGGCAAAACCAGCAAAGAAGGAUAGCUGGCUAUUUUUAUUCUCAGAUGCUGUUGAAUGCACAAGCCUUUCAAAACGGUGCUACAUGCUCUUGGAUCUCAUACGUGUACCAUUUUUUUUCAUAUUUUUACACCAAAUAAUAAAACAUUUGGAUUCUUAAUAUUUUUUUUCAGUAGCAUACAGGGACCUGACAUGAAUGGAAGAAUCAUGUUUGUAGGGUGUGUGCUUGAUUUUAUAUAUUCAUUAUUAUGAAAAAAGUGAAUACCUCGUUAUCAAGUUUAACCACAGAGGGUUGUAUGUGUUCACUGAUAACUUCACUUUAUCCUCAGAAACCACAAAAAUAGAUUGUCAAGUAUUUCUUUGUAUAUUAGUCAAAAAGAAUUAUGAGGGCUAAAGUCUAGUUGGUAACAUUAAUACUUUAGAUCGUUAACUACUUGAAACGUCCAUCUUACUAAAAUGUCUACUGUUGUUAUGCGUCUUAAAAGCAUGCUCUGAACUUCUCCUUGAGCACAUAGCUCGGAGAAUCAAUUUAUAUAUGAAAUUCUGUGCUUCACCGUCAGAUUACACGAGAAACCUCAAAAGCUCUUUAAAGCCCAGAAAACCAUUACACACUGAGGUAUCUGACAAAGAAUAUUGUGUUUGCCUGAAUUCUUGACAUUUAUCCUAUUGGGAAAUUUCAAAUGGGCUGAUAGACUGGAGCCAUAAAAGUUAAUUUAGUUAAUUCAUGUUGCCAGGUGUUUUACAAAUUAAAGAUGGCUUUAAACAAUCAACUAAAGAAACACUUUAAGCCCU